AUGUCCCAAGCCGCUGCUGCCUCGUCGUCGACCUAUCAGCCGCCUCCCGGACGAUUGGGCAAUCUGUCGCAAAAGGAGCAAGGAAUCCUCGAGAUCUUCAGAACAGAUCUUUCGUCGGAUCCAAACUUUCCGUGGACGCCAGCCCGACACGACGAUGCGACGCUGUUGCGCUUCCUGCGCGCGCGCAAGUUUGAUCUGGCCAAGAGCAAGGAGAUGAUCCAUGCUGCUGAAAAGUGGCGAAAGGAUUUUGGUGUAGAUGAUAUUGUCAAGAGCUUUCAAUUUCCGGAAAAGGAAGAGGUGAACAAGUAUUAUCCGCAAUAUUACCACAAGACAGACAAGGAGGGACGUCCCAUCUACAUCGAAGUCCUCGGAAAAUUAGACUUUACCAAGCUCUAUGCCGUGACGACCGAAGACCGCCUGUUGAAACGACUCGUGCUCGAGUACGAGCGAUUCCUGACCGAGCGUCUUCCGGCUACGUCGGAGAUGGUUGGACACCCAGUAGAGACGUCAUGCACGAUCUUAGACCUGAACAACGUCGGGCUGGGAAAUUUCUACCGCGUCAAGAACUACGUUUCCCAGGCGAGUGCGAUUGGCCAAAACUAUUACCCAGAGUGCAUGGGCAAGUUCUACAUCAUCAAUGCCCCCUACCUGUUCACCACGGUCUGGUCGGUCGUCAAGCGUUGGUUGGACGAAGUGACAGUGGCCAAGAUUCAGAUUAUGAGCAAUGGCCACAAAGAAGUCUUACUCAAGCAGAUUGACGCCGAGAAUCUGCCGAGCGAAUUUGGCGGAAACUGUAAAUGUGAGGGAGGAUGCUCGCUGAGCGACGAGGGGCCAUGGAAGCACCGACACCCAGCGAGCUCGUCGGCAGACGCUGCACCGAGCACUUCAUCGUAG